CGAUCUCCUUCUUUGGAAGCCUCCUUCCCUGCCGCGAACCACGGGCUCGGAGGUACUGUGGAAUCUGUACGCGUCUCAUGGACCGGUCAUUCUCUGUCGCCCUCGAAGUCUGUGUAGAUUCAGUCCAGUCCGCCAAAAAGUUAGUACAAGCGGGGGCAGACCGACUGGAGCUAUGCGGCAACCUAGGACUUGGAGGAGGCACAACGCCAAGUCUGGGACUACUCAAGGCAGUUUUGAAAGCUGCACCUGACGUCCCGAUUAUGGUCAUGAUUCGUCCUAGAGCUGGCGACUUUCUAUAUAGCGGCGAUGAACUCGAUGUCAUGCUCCAGGACAUACGCAUCUUCAAGCGAUAUCCUAUCCGAGAAGUAUGUUUCCACCGCGCUUUUGACAUGACAAGGGACCAUAUCGAAGUCAACAUUGGUGGUAUAUCUCGUAUACUGACAAGCGGACAUGGAAAAACAGCUGUAGAUUCUAUCGACACCCUUGCUUCACUAUUCCGUGUCGCUGAACAACUUGCGGGUGAUUCAUGGCCUCUCACUAUCCUCCCUGGUUCAGGCGUGAAUGUUGACACCAUUGAACCGAUCCUCGUCUCAUUGCUACCGCUGGGACUUGAAGAGCUCCACAUGUCUGGUGGCUCUUGGCGGGACGGAGAGAUGCGAUACCGACGGGAAGCCUUGGGUAUGGGCGUCAGCACCGAGCGAGAAUGGGCUGUUUGGCAGACAGAUGGUCUAAAGGAAACUAUGAUGUAUAUUGUCGCGGGAUAAUCGACUACUAGAUUUGAACUCGCUCGACCCUUUCAAGACGCUGAAGGUUUGAUGAAACCCCAUACUGAAAUGGUUCGCGGCAUGUCUGUCAAACGAAGGUCGACGGUCUGAGCGCCCAACGGUCCUCGAGGCAAAAAGGAGUGGGCGAUCCGAAUGUUGUACCUACCCUUUUGUUGCGGCGCAGCAGCAUGAAUGGGUCCUAUGGUACUUGCAAGGUAUGUCUUCUGCUUUCAAGGGC